AAGUGCAAGGACACCAUUCUCAUCUUAUAUGCUUGAGCAAAAAGAGCUUCAUAUAUUCAUCCCUACUCUCCCUCUUUCUCUCUCUCUCUAAUCUUUGUGAACAAAGAGGAUAAUGGAGCUCAACUAUGGUAGUAGCAUGGAGAUGAGUGUGGUUGUGAGGGAAUAUGAUGGAGAGAGGGAUUUGGAAGAGGUGGAGAAGCUUGAGAGGAACUGUGAGAUUGGGUCCAGGAGAGGCUUUUCCAUCAUCACCAACAUGAUGGGUGACCCCCUUUGUAGGGUUAGGCUUUUCCCUCUCCAUGUUAUGUUGGUAGGUGUGGGGGUUGCUGAGUUUGUGGGUGUUGGGGAGAUAGUUGGAGUUGUUAGAGGUUGCAUGAAGUGUGUGGGGACUGGUCUUGGUGCAGGGAAUGUGUGGAUAGGUUGCAUCCUUGGCCUUAGGGUCUCCCCUAAGCAUAGGCGGAUGGGGAUCGGAUUAAAGCUUAUGAAAUCUAUCGAAGCAUGGGCCGUACGAAAUGGCGCGGAGUACAUUCUCCUAGCGACCGACGAGAACAACGUCGCCUCGAUAAAUCUCUUCUCUCUCAAGUGCCAUUAUGUCAAGUUGAGCUCAUUGGCGAUAUUCGUACAACUGACCGACACGCACCCAAAGAUUCAUGCCCCAUCUAAUGACGUAGCGAUCGAGAAGUUAAGCAUCGAGCAAGCUAUACUACUUUACAAAGAUCGACUCGCGAAUGAGAAGUUCUUUCCUUUAGAUAUAGAUAACAUUCUCAAUGAAGAGCUAAGCCUAGGCACUUGGGUCUCAUAUUACAAAGGGGAAAGGUGGAGUGGUUUGCAUUGCAAAGGAAAGGAUGGAGAGUUCCUAAACAACACACCAAGUUCUUGGGCUGUUGUUAGCAUGUGGAAAACCUAUGACUCAUACAAGUUCCAAGUUAAAGCCACACCUCUAUUUAGGUGCAUUCAUGCUUCUCUUAAACAAAUAGGACCCAACUUUCUCCAUUGCUUGAGGAUUCCCUUGGCAUGCAAAUUGCCACUCAAGCUAUUUGGGUUCCUCUUCCUCUAUGGGCUUCAUGGUGAAGGGGAUAAUGUAAGGGAACUCUUAAACUCCUUGUGGUGUUUUGCAUUUAAUAUGGUUAGGGAUGUGAGGGAUUGCAAAGCAAUUGUGAGUGAGGUGAGCUUAAAUGACCCUUUGUAUGCUCACAUGCCUUGGGUUUCCUCCACCUCAUGCAUCAAUGAUAUUUGGUUCUUCAAAAGAGUGGGUACAAGUAAAGGAGUGAUGAAGGGUGAGGAGAAUUGGGUUGAGAUGAACCCUAGGGUGCAUUGUUUUGUUGAUCCAAGAGAUUUUUAGCUUAGCUAGGGAGGGAUCUUGUGAAUCACUCAAGUUUUGGCAAUUUGUGGGUUAAAGUUUCUUCUUGAGAAAAGCACUUUUUUUGUUAGAGGCUUUUGAUUCUUAUCAAUGCCUAUGCAUGUGCUUGUCAAAUCUUGGCCAUCAUCUAUAUAUUCAUAUGGUUCU